ACGUGAAAGCAGAAGUUGUACAUGUUGUGUUCACCCUUGACUGUGUGAUUUUUUUCAUUUUGAAAAUCUGAUCAUCGAACUGUCAUUAUUGCUUCCUGAUGUGGAAAUGUACAUGGACCUAAUGAAGAAACCAAGGACAUACUGAGAACUUGUCUAGUAGCAGAACAACCUGGUCAGUCGUGAGCUGUGGAGCGCAAAGUCACUUCCUUAUUCAUCUGUGAGUUGGUGAAGGAAGAUGGCGUUUGUCAAGGAGCUGCUCGUGGGGUCACUGAAGGGGCUGGUAGAAGCUGAACUAAAGGAGUUUCACUGGCGCCUAAUGAAUACAUAUCAUAAGCAUAUAACAAAGUCUGAAUUGGAGAAGGCAGAUAUAUUUGACACAGUAGAUAAGAUGGUGGUGUGUUUUGGACCAGAAGAAGCUGUGGAGGUCAUGGUAGAUAUCCUGAGAAAGAUGAACCAAAAUGAUCUGGCUGAACAGUUGGUGAAAGAACACACGCAAGCUCAGACGGAGGGCAAUAUGAAUAUAUCUGCUGCUGUUGGAGAGCAGCAAAACUGUUUUGAAACUCACAAAACAAACAUGAAGAAGAAGGUAGAAUAUAUUUUUGAGGGCAGCAGAGAAAAUGAAGCACAACUCAAGGCUGUUUACACAGAUCUGUUCAUCACAGAGGGAGAUAUGGAAGAUGUCAAUCACGAACAUGAAAUUCUUAAGAUUGAUAAUGCUUUAAAGCACAGAAAAACACAGGAAAAACCAGUCAAAUGUAAUGAUAUAUUUACUGAACUGAGGAAAAAUAAUGAGAAAAAACACUCAGCAGCCAAUCUGAUUCCUCCUCAGUAUGUAGGUUUGUUCACAGAGGUUCGAGGAUUUACUGACCAACAGAAGGAGCAGUACUUCACAAAGAGGAUGAAAGAUCAAAGUCUGUCCUCCAGAAUCAUCUCACACAUUAAGACGUCGCGUAGUCUCUACAUCAUGUGCCACAUUCCUGUAUUCUGCUGGAUCACAGCCACAGUACUUCAGGAUAUUCUCACAGAGAACAAUGAAGAGAACAUAAGCACAACACUCACUGAAAUGUACAUUGACUUUUUGCUAAUACUGUUGGAUAUGAAGAACCAGAAAUUGAUGAACAAGAUGAAAGAGAAUGUUCAGAGCACUUAA